AUGGAAGAUUUGGGCUUCGUAAAUGAAAGACAAUUGUUUCACGGGACCAGUCCAAACUACGUCGAAGCCAUCUGCAAACAAAACUUCGACCCACGCCUUUUCGGAAAGAAGGGAGGAACCAAGUACGGCGAAGGAAGCUACUUUGCAGUCAAGGCUUCUUAUAGCCAUUGCUAUACGGAUAAAGAUUCUAGUUUAUCUCACUUUAUGUUCCUAGCGAGAGUUUUAGUUGGUUCCUAUGCUAAAGGCAGAUCUAAAUACCGAAGACCUCCACUGAAGGAUCCUUCAAAUCCUGCCAGUGAUCUGUACGACUCUUGUGUGGACAAUGAAUCCAGUCCAACGAUUUUCGUGGUCUUCAGUACCGAUCAGAUCUAUCCUGAGUAUGUUAUUGAGUAUUUACAACUGGAGCAUGGCGUACUACGAGAAACUUCGGUGUGA